AUGAGGAGUUUAUUACUGAGCAUUCUUUCUGUCCUAGUGAUAGCAGAAUUUGUUUUAGGAACUUUUGCCAAUGUCUUCAUAGCCCUGGUGAAUGGCAUUGACUGGGUCAAGGGGCAAAAACUCUCCUGUGCUGAUGGAAUUCUCAUUGCCCUGGCUGUCUCCAGGAUUGGUUUGCUCUGGGUAGUGUUGUUAAAUUCAUAUGCAACUGUGUACAAUCCAGGUGUCUAUAGUUCAGGAUUCAGAACUAUUGCUUAUAUUGCCUGGGUAGUAAGCAACCAUUUUAGCCUCUGGUUUGCUGUUAGCCUCAGCAUAUUUUACUUGCUCAAGAUAGCCAAUUUCUCCAGUCUUUUCUUUCUUCACCUAAAAUGGAAAGCUAAAAGAGUGGUUUUCAUGGUACUGUUGGGCUCCUUGGUCUUCUUGGUUUGUCACCUCACAGAGGUGAGCCUAAAGUUAAAAAUGGGGAUGAAUGAUAAUGAAGGAAACAUCACUUGGGUGACCAGCUUGCAGCACAUUUUACACGUCUCAGAUGUGACUGUAUUCACGAUUGUGCAUGUCAUGCCCUUUACCAUGUCUCUGAUGACUUUACUGCUGUUACUCUUUUCCAUGUGGAAACAUCUCAAGAAGAUGCAGCUCAGUGGCAAAGGAUCCCAAGAUGCCAGCACCAAGGUCCAUGUAAGAGCCAUGCAAACUGUCAUCUCCUUUCUGUUGUUCUUUUUCAUUUACUUCCUGGCUCGGAUCACCUCAAUUUGGAAUUCUAAUACUCUGCAGAACAAUUCAAUUGCCAUGCUUUGUCGGGUCCUUGGACUCCUGUAUUGUUCAUUCCACCCAUUUGUCCUGAUUUGGGGGAAUAAGAAGUUAAGACAGGCCAUUCUGUCAUUUCUGUCACAGCUGAAGUGCUGGGUGAAAGAAAAUAAGUGA